AUGGAUGGAUUUGAAGAUUAUAAAUUUAUCAAUAGUGGUGCUUUUAGUCAAGUUUAUAGAGCAAGAUUUAAAAAUGCAAAUUUAGUCAAAUAUGUACUUAUUCUUGAGUACGAGGAUAAUGGUCUUUGCGAGAAUAUUUGCACCAAAAAUUCGGCAAAAAUCGAAUGGGCGUUAAAAAUCAAAUAUGCAAUUCAACUCGUAGAAGCCGUUAAAUGUCUGCAUGCUCAUAUUAUUAUUCAUUGUGAUCUGAAUAUGCCAGAUGAUCGACCAUCCAUCGAAGAAGUAGCUUUGGUAUUAGAAGAUUUUAUUGUUCAAGACAUCACAGACAAUGAUAGUUUUGAUUUAUCUGAUAUAUCAGAAUUUGAAGAAUUUAUUAAGAACACCUUCGGAAGCAUUAAAGACAAUAAUAUUAAAUUAAAUGCUAUGGCGGAUGAAAUGACUCUCUUUGUAAAUAAUCUAAAGAGGCAAUUGAAUAGUAGCGGAACGUAUGCUUGGAGAGUAUACUAUAAACUUAGAAGACGUAAUAAUGCAUUUUAUUAUCUCAAGAAAGCAAUUGAAAAUGGAAAUAUCAAUGCGCUGAAUACCUUAGGAUUAUGUUACCAAAAAGGUCAAGGAACAGGUACUAGUAAAAUUGAAGGAUUAAAUUAUUUGAAAAAGCGGCAAGAUAGAGAUUAUCUGCUUCACAAUAUGAGCUUGGAAAUUGUUAAAAAUACGGUAUAG